AUGUGUUCUCGUUCUUUUAAGGAAUCUUGGUAUGAUUCACACAAGUGGUUAUGUGGAAGCUUUUAUGAACAGCGGUUGUAUUGUUGGCCUUGUGUUUUACUCGGUAAAGUAAAAAAUGUUUGGUCUUCUGAUGGUUAUUUUGAUUUAAAAAACUUGUCAAGAAGUGUAAAAAAACAUGAAGCAUCAAAAGACCAUAUAAAUAACUUCAUUGGGUUGGUCCGGUUAGAAAAAAAUAAAGGAACAAUUAUUGAUGCCUUAAAUGAAGGUUCUCGUUUAAGCAAAAUAUUGUAUAACGACAAUGUUCGAAAAAACAGAUUAGUGUUGUUACAAAUAAUUGAGGUUGUAAUACUAUUAGGUAAACAAGAGUUGGCUUUUAGAGGUCAUGAUGAGAGCACUUUAUCUAUUAACCAGGGAAACUUUCGUGAAAUGUUUAAUUUGCUCAUUAAACAAAAUGCUGAGUUAUUAUCUCAUUAUGAAAAAAUUAGCAAUGUUUUUACAGGCCAAUCAAAAACAAUUCAAAACGAAAUUAUACACUGUGUUUAUGAAUACAUAAUUGAUGUCAUAAAAUCUGAAAUUAAUGAUAUUCAUUUUUUUGCUGUUAUAUCAGAUGAUACAACUGAUAUUGUGGAAAAAUCUCAAUGUGCAAUUACUUUGAGAUAUGUAAAAAAAACUGGUGAGUUAAAGGAGAGUUUUUUAGGAUUCCAUGAUGUGAGUAGUAGCAAAACUUCUGAAUCUCUUUUUAAUUUAAUAACUAGUGUAUUAGAUCCAUACAAUUUUAGAACUAAGUUGAUAGCACAGUGUUACGACGGGGCCAGCGUUAUGGCUGGCCAUGUUAGUGGUCUUCAAAAAAGAAUUAGAGAUGAAGCACCAAAUGCUCUAUUUACUCAUUGUUGUGCACAUCGGUUAAAUCUAGUUUUACAACAAGGAAGUUAUUGUGUGCCCCAAUCUCGAAUAUUUUUCGCAACGCUUUUAGGAAUAUCUGUAUUUUUUAAAAAGUCUCCAAAACGAACAUUUGUUUUAGAUACAAUUAUUGGCAAGCGUAUACCUAUAGCUAAUGAGACUCGCUGGUGCACACGAUCAAAAAUUUUAAAUUUUGUUGUUUCAAAUUUAGAUAAGUUAUUAGAAGUAAUGGAAUGUAUUAGAGAUAAUCCAGAGUCAGGAAUGGAGUCUAUAAAUGGAGCUAAAGUUGAUACUUCCAAAUUUAAAUCAUACAAAACUGCUUUUCCUUAUGAAGGAUUUAAUUGUUUAACUUUAAUAUAUAAAGAGAUAUUUGAUACAGAUCAAUUUAAAAAUGAAUUGUCAGUUAUUUACUUUGAUGAGCAAUUCCAUAACCAAAGUAUUCAACAAUGUGUGAAAUUACUAAAAGAGUUUGAAGAGUCUGGAUUAUUAAAAGAAGCAUAUAAACUGUUUUGUAUUGUUUUGACUAUACCAUCCACCAGUGUAUCUGUUGAAAGAAAUUUUUCAUGUUUAAAACGCAUUAAAAAUUAUCUCAGAAAUUCUAUGACAGAAGAAAGAUUAUCUUCCUUAGCUACAAUCUCUAUUGAGAAGGAUCUGAUAAACACUUUAUCAAAAAAUGAUGAAAAAUUCUAUGAAAAAAUAAUUGACAAAUUUGCAUUACUCAAAGACAGAAGAAUAGAUUUAAUUUACAAAACAUAA